CUCUGGAAAUGAAGUUGUUGAAGCUUUUUGGAAUUGUCUUUUUCUGUGGCCUGCUCUCGCCGUCCCAGGGAGUCUUGUCCGGUUUGUCCUGUGCCGUCAGCCCAGGGGCAAUGCAGAAAGUGCUCUCGGAUGCCGUAAUUCAGAAUGGGCUUCUCCAGAAGCACCUGCAGGGCCUCGUGCUCCCAAACAUCAUGGGUGAAGGGGGUCUGCUGAACUCUCCCACCAGCAUCACGGGACUGCACCUUGUCCGGGUUCAGCUCCCCAAGCUGUCAGUGGCGCUGCUGCCUGGGAUCGGGGUCCAGCUGGCCAUUGCUGCAAGGCUUGAUCUCAGCGGCAACUGCUUGGUUGGCCUUCUCUCAGAACUAAUUGAUAUCUCAGUGGAUGUGACCAUUACUGCAAACAUUAAAUGCACAAAUUUCGAAUUGGGCGCAGUCCAGGUCGUCAUCGAUGACUGCUUCUGCAUUCUUGGUGCUGUAAAGAUCAAGCUCCUUUCUGGAUUACUGUCCCUAUCAGUAAACGACAUAGUGCUUAACCAGCUGACAGCAACUCUGCCCGGUUUGCUGUGUCCGGUAAUCGAUAUUAUCGUCAACCUGGUGAACAUCCAGUUCUUGGGCACUCUCAACGCGGUGAUCCCGGUCGGCACAGUGGGAACGAUUCACUACCAGUUGGCCAGCCUCCCGUUUACAUCUGGCUUGUUCCUUGGGCUGGAUUUAGAUGGUGCGGUGCAGCAGGUGGGAGGCAGCAUCAUCCCCCACGACUCGUCCGCCUCCGCCUUGCCCCCGCUGCUGGACAGGCUGCUGGUCAUGGGACUGCGCCAGAGCUUUCUCAACGCCAUCCUGUCCCUCCUGAUCCAGGUCCAGCCGCAGACGUUCACCUGCUCGCCAGAAGCCUUCUCAGGUGCCAAGCAGCUGCAAGAAGCCAUCCUGACCCUCUUUCCCACUGGGUGCUCCAGCUGCUCCGUGACUGCUCCUCUGAGCAUCAGGAUAGAGUUGUUUGGGAAGCCGCUCAUCCUCUUGGAAAACAACAAAGCCACUGUCAAGCUUUCGGUGAUGAUCCAGGUGUUCGUUAAGCGCUUGGAUGGAUCCAUCCUCAACCUGCUCCUCCUGAAGGCAGACCUCAGCCUGAACGUCCACGUGUCGAUCUCUGGGAGCAGCCUGGUACUGGCCUUGUCCCUGGGCAGCACUUCCCUCUCCUUGGAGUCAUCUGACGUUGGCAUCAGUGAUAUCUCGAGCCUGAAGCCCCACUGCAGUCAGCUGCUGGCGGAAACGUUAUUGCCUCUUAUCAAUGGCUGUCUGGGCGUCGGGAUCCCUCUGCCGAACGUGUUGGGCAUUCCGCUGGUAAAAGUGGAUAUUCAGAUACUGGUGGGCCUGCUGGUGAUCCUCGUGUGAGCUGGGGAGGACAGGGCAUGGAGAGCUCUUUCUGACUGUAGCCUUGGGCAGAAAGAGGGAGAAGGACCAGCGAGGAUGAAGCUUUGAGACUGGCAUUAUCUUCUUUCC